AUGAGGAUUGUUUUAAUUCUCUUCAGUUUUCUGUCGAUUCAAUGUCACACGUAUGCUGCUGUCAAUACAAACUUCUCUACAGCAUGGAGUCAUUUCAUGCAAGACCCUCAACUAUCGUACGCUACAUUUUCACUCACUAUUCUUGAUAAUUCCACUGGUAACAUUAUAUUCUCUCAUAAUGAAAACCUCGGUCUCGCACCUGCAUCGACGCUGAAAACGGUUACAGGUGCUGCUGCUCUACAUUAUCUAGGCACAGAUUAUCGCUAUAAGACUAUAUUACAAUAUUCCGGCAAUAUCAACUCGUUUGGCAUUCUCAACGGUUAUAUCUAUAUCGUCGGAAGUGGUGAUCCGAGUUUGGGAAGUUGGCGAUGGAAUGAGACGAAGGGCGAGGUGGUAAUGGAACGCUGGUUGAAUGCGAUUAGAAGUCGAGGGAUCAAAGAAUGUCGAGGUGUUGUUGUGGAUCUGAGUGCAUGGCCAGAUCAAACACAGACUAUACCUAGCGGAUAUCCGUGGGGAGACCUAGGAAAUCAUUACGGAACGGGUCACAGCGCACUGAACUGGCGUGAGAACCAAUUUCGGCUAUUUCUUUCACCUGGCUCUUCUGUCGGCGAUCCUGUUACUCUUGUUUAUGUCGAUCGUCCACCACCGUCCGUAACAUUAAUUAAUGAGAUUACAACUGGUGCUGUAGGUACGGGAGAUCGUACAAAUCUUUUCUUGGCACCUGAUGGCACGCACGGUUAUUUGCGCGGCACACUCAGCGUCGACACAGCCAAAAAUUUCUCUAUCGGUGGUGCAGUACCCAAUUCAGCAUUGUUUGUGGCCGAUGAGCUUCGUCAGGGAAUGCAAUGGUCAAACUCGAUGCCAAUCAAAAUCAUCUAUCGUAAUGAUGAAGACUUACCAAAAAGUCGAAUAACACUCGACAUACACGUUUCACCACCAAUGAGUGAAAUCAUAUAUUGGUUUGAACGAGUAAGUAUCAACAUGUAUGGUGAAGCGCUGAUAAAAACAAUCGCUUAUGCAAUAAAUACUAGCAGUGAUACUAUAUUAUCGGCAUAUUGUAAUGGUGAACAUGGGAUCGAACAAGCUGAAGUAGCAACUAUAGAUGGCUCAGGACUGUCACCAGAAAAUCGUAUAACAACACGAGCAAUUGCACGUGUCUUGCACAAUGUGAGGAAACGUGCACCGUGGUUCACAUCCUUCGAGCAAGCACUACCAAUCAUCAAUAAUAUACGAAUGAAAAGCGGAUACAUUCAUAAUGCUCUGUCAUACGCCGGCUAUGUUAACAAUCAAGUCUUCUCUAUUAUCACCAAUAAUUUCAAUGGACAAAGAAAUAGUAUGCGACAAAAAUUAUUUGACUUGUUAGAUACGCUUAGCUAA